AUGGGAAACGCCGUUUCGACAACCAAGGGGUACACCCCUGGGGACGCGCAGCUCGGCGAGCCUGGUCUCCAAGGAAAAAUUAAAAAACUGGAAGAAUCAGAAGUCGUCAACGCAACUAAGGCUGACAUGGCUGCCGAAGCAGACAAAGAGAAUGCACCAAACGGGACCACUCCCAAGGCGGCCGAGGCCCCGACCAAGCCGCUCGAGCCUGCUACUUCAGAGGAGAACGGAAAAGAGAACCAGGAACCGACUACGAGCGACAGCGUAGAAACCGACGAGAACAAGUCUCCGUCGAAGAAGGGCAAGGGCAAGAAGAAAAACUUCAAACAGCUGAUGCCCAGCUUCUCUUUCAACAAGCAAAAGAAGACUGAAAAGAAAACCAACGAGGCGAAGAAAACCGAGGAGGCUUCUUCCGAAAAAGCAGCGGAGAAGGAAGCAGAAGGCGAAAAGAAAACUGAAGACACUCCUAAAAACUCCGAGGAAGAAAAAGCGACCGAAGAGGCUGCGGAAAAGACUGAAGCUGACGAAGAAAAGACCAAAGCGGAAGUCGAAGCCGAGGCGAAAGAAAGCACCACCGAAGCUACUCCAGAAGCUGAUGUUGCCGAAAAGAAAGACGAUGCUCCAGCUACUAAGGAAGAUGCUGAGGAGGUGAAGCCAGACGUUGCUGCUGCUACUGAAGAAACUGCUACCGAGGAGGAAGGCACCACUUCAGAAGCACCAGCGGCGGACGAGCAAAAGGCCGAUAAAAAGAAGAAAAAGGAAAAGACUCCGGAUGACGCGGGCAAGCGAAACACUUGGUUCGACAACAUCAAAGGCUACUUCGUCAGCCCCGAAAAGAAGGAUACCAAAAAGGCCGCUUCCGAGGACGGCAAGAAGUCGGAAACCGAAGCGAAGGCUGAGGAAGAUGCUUCGGCAGCUGCUGCUCCUGACGCGGAAAACACCGAUGCGCAGAAACCAGAAGCUGCUGAAGCUACUGAAGAAGCCACUACCGACUCCGCCGCUGCUAAAACGGAAGAAACUCCUGCUGCUGAGCCAGCCACAGUCGAGUCAACUGCUGAUACGACCGAGGGCGAGGCAAAGGACAAGCCAACGGAAGAAAAGGAAAAGGAACAGACCAAGAAAGCAAAGGAGGGCAAAAAAGAAGGUUCACUUUCGAAGCUCGUCAGCGGCCUGAAACGACGCAAGAGCGGCAAGAAGGGUGCUGCAGAAAAGAAAGCCGGCGCUCAGUCUGAAGAUGAAAAGGAGGAGGCGACGACCACCGAUUCACUUGACACCCCCGCUGAGGCAAAGACCGGAGACCAAACUGACGACGAGGCGAUCGAACAACCCGCCCAAACCGCUGACGAUGCCGUUGCCAGUGCAACCGAUGCUAACGCUGCUGAGCCAUCGGAGGAAGCGGAAUCCACGGAAGCAAAACCAGAGGGCAAAAAACGAGCUAAUACUUUGAAACGCAUCUUUGGAAACAUCACUGGUCCCUUCCAAUCUAAGGACAAGAAAGAAAAGAAAGAACCAGCAAGUUCUGACGAAGCUGAAAAGACCGACGAUGUGACGGAGAAAUCCGAGGAAACGCCGGCGGCUGAGGUCGAAGAAAAGAAGUCUGAGACUGCCGAGCCCGUCGAGAAAGAAGAGGCCAAGGAGGAAGCGAAGGAAACUAGCGAAGAGAAGACCGACGCAGCCACCGACGAAACCAAAGCCGAGGAUAAGCCAGCUAAGACCGUCAGUGAGCCAGUUGUAGAAAAGAGCGAGGAGAAAGUUGAGGAAGAGAAGGUCGAAGAAACUCAAGCUACUCCCGAGGAAACGACGCCGAGCGAGGCGACGACUGUACAAGCAGUAGUGGAAUCGGCGCCGGUCGCGGAGGAGUCAGGCGAAAUUCCCGCUCAGGAAAAAGAAGAAAAGACAGAAUCGACGGAGGAAGUCACGACUCCCGCCCCCGUUGCCGAAUAA